AUGAUCCCCCUCCCCACCCCCUUCUCCCAGAUCCCACGCUACCCCCUCCUCUACCCAACCCCAUCCCCCAUCCACCCACUCCCAACCCUAACCAGAACCCUCCUCAGAUCCCCAUACACAAACCCCACCACCAACAAGAACAUAAACACAAACAUAAACAUAACCCUGCACCUCAAACGCGAAGACCACGCCUCCCCACUGACCUCCAGCGGCAACAAAUACCGCAAACUCGAGUACCUAAUACCAGACAUUCUUUCCCCAGUACCAAAAUACGGCUCUUUAGCACCAGGACCCGAUCACGGAACCCUCACAUCCCCACAGGAACACCAUACCAACAGGAAGAACAACAACAAGGAAGUAACCCUAGUAACCGAAGGCGCCCUCCAAAGCAACCACACCAUCCAAGUAACCAGCAUCGCGAACCACCUGAACCUCCCACGGCCGGUGAUCAUCCUCCACAAAGCGACGGGGGGCGGAUACGCCCAAGUACCAGACAAGAGUCUGUUCGAGAGGACGGGGAAUGUCCAGGUUGCGAAGUUGUUAGGGGCUGAUGUGAGGGUUUUGGAUUCAGCUACUGUUACAACAUCCACAUCCACAUCUACAAAUAGAGAAGAAGAAGAAGACCAAGAUGGGGUACAUUCGAUCUUCACAACCCUCCAAUCCGAAAAUAAAUCCCCCUACUGGAUCCCCUCCGGCGCAAGCCUCCACCCCCUAGGUGGACUGGGAUACGCGCGAUGCGCAUUCGAAAUAGCGUACCAAGAAACCCAACCACCAUUACAACCCGGGGCCCCCGCCCCAACCAACCUCGGAAGAAUGGACUACAUCUUCGUGGCAUGCGGCAGCGGUAGUACCCACGGGGGACUAAUCGCGGGAUUAAAGCUCCUCGAGAGGCAAGAACGAGAAACACACCACCAAGAUCCCGAUUCCACUGCCCGCCGCCCACCGAGAAAAAUCAUCGGCGUGCUCACCUCCCCGACGCGCCCGCGCAGCUACCACGAGAGCAGAGUAUUGCAGUUUGCGCGACAAGCGGGGCGACUCAUCGGGAUUGAGGAUGUGGAGAGGGAGAUAACGAUGGAGGAUGUGCAUGUUGAUGAGCGGUUCGCGGGCACGGCGUAUGGGGAGGUGGAUGAUCAGACGGGGGAUAUGGUGCGGUUGAUGGCGAGGGAGGAGGCGGUGUUGUUGGAUCCGGUGUAUACGGGGAAGGUGGCGAGGGGGAUGGUGCAUUGGGUUAGGGAGGGGGAGGUGGGUAGGGAUUGGGUUGAGAGAGGGGGAAGGGAGGGAGAUGGGGUUGGUGUUAAUGUGUUGAUGGUGCAUACGGGGGGACAGUCUGCUUUGAGUGCGUAUGCGGAUGUGGUGUAG